AUGACAUUUUCAUCCGCAUUCUUAAUCGGUCUCGGACUCACUUGAACGAGUUUCCUAUACCACAAGCCACGCCCAUCACCACAUCAAGUCACCCACCAUGGCUUCACCCAAUAAGCCCACUGUCCUCAUUACCGGAGCCUCCCAAGGCGGAUCCGGCAACGCCCUGGCCCUCGAGUUCGCAAAGAAGGGCUACCGAGUCUUUGCGACAGCCCGUUCCCUGAGGACUCUUACUAAUCUGACCGAGAACGGCAUCGAGACCUUGACCGUCGAUGUAACGGAUUUCGAGAGUCUUGUUAGUUUGAGAGACGAGAUCGCGGGCCGGACUGGCGGCAAGCUUGACAUCCUCUUCAAUAACGCCGGUACCCUAUACGAGGCACCGGCUAUUGAGCAAGACCCUGUUCGCGUCAAAAAAAUGUUCGAGACUAACGUGUUUGGCCUCUUCGACUCGGUUUCCGUUUUUACACCCCUACUUCUCAAGGCCGCAGCUAGCUCAAGCCGUGCGCCGACUAUCGUUAACGUAGCGUCUAUUCUCGCCCGUAUCCCUAUGCCAUUCACAGCUAGUUAUAAUGCUACAAAAGCCGCCGUAGCUAGCUAUUCGGAUACGCUGAGGUUAGAGCUCGAGCCGCUCGGUAUUCGCGUCGUGACGCUCUAUAUGGGCGAGGUGUCGACUGGUCUCAUGUCGACCGAAAACGUUGACUAUGGCCCCGACAGUAUCUAUGCCGACCUGGAGCCCAAGGCCAAGGAGCGCACCGCAAAUCAUACCAAAACCUCCGUCACCCCGAAAGAGUUCGCUACUGGCGUCGUCUCUCAGGUCGUCGGCAGUAACUCAAACUACAUCUGGAAGGGUACUAACGCCUUUCUAUGCUGGCUCCUCAACGCCUUCGCACCCCACAAAUCAUUUGAUAGUUCUUUGAAGGAUAGUGUCGGCCUUAGCGACAAGGAACUCGUGAGCAAAGUUCUCAAACGAGGCCAGAAGCUGAUCUCAAAAGACUGACAAGUCUUGCUGGGCAUUGUUUUCUUAUUUGUCCUUGCUAGACUAGAUUGAAGGGCGCGGCUUCAUCCAUACAGGACUGACUUGAUUAUACUUACCUGGUCCGGCGAUGAGGAACGAGGCCGUGUACGGAUUGCUAGGAUAUGGUCAAUGAAGAUAGAAUAUAGACAUGGCGUCUCAAGUACGUAGUGCCUUCUUUAAUCGGAACACCUGUCUGUCAUGGAUGUUAGUGACUUAGCAUCUACAGAGGUAGCCUCUUGGGUCACACGCCGACUUUAACGCGUCGCCGGAUCGAGGCUUCCAAGGCUAUGACCCGCAUCCUC